CUUAUGUCUAUGUCAAUUGUCAUUCUGGUCUUGCGGAGUCCAACAUUGUAAUUAAAAUACACUAGUCUAGUAUAUUUUAAACAUUAAUUACUACAUAAGUUAACCUGUAAUGGCUACUGGUGAUAUAAAAAAUAAUAUUAAACAGUUACAACAUGAGCUUAAAGCUUCAAAAUUUUCUGAAAAUCUUGAUGUAGAUGGGUUGGUAAGCGGCUCACCAAAAACAUACUUGAGUAUAUACCAUUACCUGUUCACAUCUUACAGUACUAAAUUUAAUAAGGACAUUGCCAACUCCAACAAUGAGCUGUAUGGGAAAUCAGACAUGAGAUUUAUGGAAGCAGUUUACAAGAUCUUAAGAGAUAUGUUUGAUUACAAGCCUCAGAUUCACCGUGAACAAUUUUUUUCUCCUGGUUUUGCUGAGCGAAAGAUUAUAAUGGCCACUGAUAUUUUAAAGCUAAUCAAAAACCGUUAUAAACCAGUCAAAAGCUCAACUUUUAAAGUUGCAAGUAUUAAAGAUGAAAGCACCCCAAAAUCUGAAAAGAUCCUGCAAGAGCCCCAUGAGCGCACCCGUAAAAUUGCAAGCAAAUCAUCUACAAGCAUUGCUGGGGCUGUCAUUUUGCCUGUCAGAAUGUCUAGUGGAUUUUUGAAAGUUUCAAAGUCUGCAUAUGCUGAUCUUAGAAUUUCUGAGGGAGCAGGCUUUGAUGAUGAAGAAAUUGAAAUAACAAAAAACAAUAACAAACAAGCUAGAAGGGUGUAUCCAACUGAUGAAAUUAGUUUUAGUGAAAUAAAAGAUACAGCUGCUCAGCAAGCAGGAAAAGAUGUUAUUAUUCAGAGUAAGCAAGUUAUAGAUCCUGAAUUGCUAAAUGCAGAAGUAAGACGGAAAGUAGUAGACUUGAUAUCACCAGCACUUUUAAAGAUUAAUGAACAGAUUGGAAAGUUAAGCAUUUCUUUGAAGAAUUUAGAACUGAAGCAGACACCAAAACCAACAGAAGAACCACAAUCAUCUACAGCUCUUACAGCUGGAAUAGCUAAGCAAAUGAAUGAUGUAAUAUUUAAACUUGACACACUUACAUCCAGAGUUGUCCUUAUUGAAAACAGACUAACUAUACUUGAAUCAAAAGUUGAAAAUGAUCAAAGUUCUCAGCAAAAGUUUGGUUUCAAUUCAAGCUCUCAACUUUCACACAAACAUUUAGUGGGACAUAAUAGAGAAAAGACUGCUCUUAAAUUUGAUAUUACCAACAGUGUUAAGAUUAGAAGUGAAGACAAAGAUGAACAAGAUUCUGAAGAUGAAGUUGAAAACAGUUGUGUUGAAGGCAAAGUUGAAGAUGUAAACUUUAAAGUGGUUAGGGAAAGUCACAUAGAGAAGGAUCCAAAAAUUAUUCCUGGGUUAAUCAAAUCUUUAGUAGGCACAUUUGCUUCAGAUCCUGAUUGUGAUAUUGAUGUCAAAGGAUCAAAUUCAAAGGUUGAAGAUAAAAGUAACUGUGAGAAUACACCAUUGAAACCUUCAGCUUCAUCAGUAGGAUCAGGCAAACCCAGCUCAGUAUUACAGUUUGUUGAACUCUUCUCUCCCAUUCAAGCUUACAAGGAAAACCAAGACUACAGGCAACAACAAGAUGACUCAUCUUUUGCCCCUCCAUAUUCACCUUAUAAUAUGGAUAAUAAUGAAAAGAGAAGAUCAAGCACACCUACUCAAUUAAACUUAGAUACAUCAACACUUGAUAGAGUUACACGUAUUACUCAAAUGAUGGAAGAAACAAAACAGCUUCUUCAUUAAUAGUACCCAUAAUUAUUUUUUUUUUAAAGCAAACAGUUAUUUUUCUGUUCAACUUGAUUUACUGUGCCAAUUCAUUUUCCUAAUAUGCUUUCCUUAAGUGUAAAGAAUAUGUUACCAAAAUAUUUUAUUCAUAUUGUAAGUCUCAUGCUGUCACCAGAAUCUUUGUUUAUUUUGUGUUGUCUUUUUAUGUACAUUUUUUUACUGUUCACAUUUUAACACAUUUUCAAACAAAAUUUCUUCACAAAGCAAAUGGCAGUUUUCAUAAGUAACAAUGUAAACAAAAAAAUUCAUUAAAAAAAACAACUAACAGCUAUGAUUUUAAUGUUUGUGGUUUAUAGAACAUUUGCUUUCUGUCUUUUAUAUUUGUAUACUCAGGGUAUAAGUUUUAUUAAAAAUAAUAUUAAUUUUAUGUAACUAUAUUUACAGUUUAAAACAGCUAUUAAGUUAAUGAACUGGCUGAACCUAGAAAGAAAAUAAUAAGGUAUAUUUAGUGAAAUACAUAUAUGACUGACUUUAUUAAAUAUUUAAUACAUUUAUAGAGCAUAAAAUAUUAAAAUUACUUAUUCUUUCUGUUUCUUGUUUGUUUUAUUUAUUAAAAACAUAAGAUGCUGUGUAAUUU